AUGUCCUACGAAGAUAAAAGCAAGCUUACAAAGUUCACAGAACCCCCGAGUAUCUCAAACUCCAUAAUAAAAAUGUGGGUAUUACUAGAAGGGUCACAAAGGGCUGUAAAAUUGAAAGCAGACUUAUCCGAAGCCAAAGACUUGGACGAUUUCGCACUAAUUCUCAAAAGAGAAUUUGAAAAGUUAAAAAAGGUUGAACCGGAAGAUAUCCUAUUCUUAGAUAGCAACAACACUCCUAUUCGACCGGGCAUCAACCUCAAAUCCCUGUCAGGUAAUUCAACAGACGAAAACCCACUAAUUGUUCGUUAUCCACUUUCGAAUGCAAAUGUUGUAGUAAAUUACACGUUUGGACAUAAACCGGGUAAAUGUAAGAUACAACAUACAACUGGUUCCUUAAGUUCGUUACGAGAAGCCGUCGUAGAAAAAUUCAACGA